AUGGCAGGGAGGUGUUACUUGCUGAGUGUGAGCAAUCUCGUGGGCGCGUGGUUCGAGGUGGGAAGCAGCGCGCUGCACAAAUUCAGCACGGCGAGCGGCCUGUCGUGCAACGCCGCCAAGUACUCCGCGCUCGCCACCGCCACUGACGGCAGCAACGUCGCUGGGUUUCUCAGUCGCGGCCUUCGCACCGUCAGUCCGUUACGAGCCGAUCAGGUGUGGCGCAUAUCCGCAGCAGCAGGGCGCAUCUCGCGCAACCUGCGCCGUGUGUGCGAGGCGGCCGUUUACAGCGCCAGGGCGCACGCGUCCCUGCAGGCGAUGCUUGUGCCGGGGCCUCAGGGGGUGGGUGGCGGGGUAAACAGCAGCGGGACUACGCCCACUAGUGACAGCAGCAGUAACAGCACGAGCCCGUUUUCCCAGCAAGCCAACGGAACUGCGCUUGCAGCUGUGGGCAUACUGGCUGCGUCUGGCGCCACCCUGUCACAGCAGGCCCUCGCGAUCUACAAUCAGCUGGGAGCGCUGCAGCAGCAUAACAACCGCGCCAGCACAUUCAACGACCCGCAGGACCCCGGGCUGGACGUCACGAAGCAAGGGCUCGCAGACGCAGCCAACCGCAUCAUUGCUGCUGCUGGAAGGGCUCAGCGCGCAGGGAUGAGGGGAAGCCUGGCGGUGCUGCAGAUGCAGCUCAUGCUGCCCGCUGCCAACAGCAGUGCCGCCACCCGGUUCACAUCCCGGCUCUCUGGUUUCCUGGGGCGCGCGUCUUGGGAACUGGGAGUGAGAGGGAAGGUGGGCCUGGCGACGACUGUGAUUCGCCUGCUGGCGGCGUCGGUGCUCGUGCCCUCCCUCACCAUGUUCCCAUCGCCCUUCCCCUGGAAUUCCCAGACCCAGCUGCGCAUGCAAGCCGUGCAAGACAGGAAGCAGCCUGGGAAGUUUGCAGUGAGCCUCUUUGGAUUCGCUCGGAAUAACAACUACCUGAUCAACAAGCUUGAAGGGAACGCAGAUUCCGAGUACAACAUGGCCACCAUUGUGUCGUGUGAUGGCGGCCAGACGUGUCAGCAGCAAUAUCCUGUCCCGCCUAGCCACGCGUCAUCGUCACCCCUCCUGACAUCCACCAUGGAAAUCACCUAUAGAGUAGGCCGCGGCAGCCGCCUGGCUGCUGUGCUAGCGUGCGUCGCGGUGUGGUGCGCGGCGUGGCAGCGCGCGCGAGCGGGGGACACAUACUUCUGCCAGGAGCUGGUGAAGGAGACGGUGGGGGCGUGCCCCGACGUGCAGACGAGCAACACGUUCAUGGCGGAGUUUUUCCAGGGCAAGUGGUACGAGAUCGGGUCGACGGCGGAGUCGAAGCUGGAAGUGAGCGGCGAGCUGGGCAUGUCGUGCGUGACGUACAACUUCGUAUUCCGCGGCAUCAACCACAGCCUCAACAGAUUCAGCGUGGUGAAGCGCGGCAUCCGCAUGACCACGCCCGCGCGCCAGUCGCAGAUCCAGGGGCUCUCCAAGUCCGCGCUCGCCGUGCGCGACCACCUGCGCUCGGUCUGCACCGCCAUCGCGCGGCCCCCCGCGCAGGGCAGCUCCGCCACGCUGCAAGUGAGCAACGCGCAGCAGACGCUGUCGUGGGCGGAGCUCCCCAACGACGUCGAGGCGGACGUCAAGGUCGCGCUGGGCGACAUCGCGAAUUCCAUGGCGCAGGUUUCCGCGCGCGCGGAGCGCGCGUAUAACCUGCUGGCGCGGAUCCAGCAGCUGAACGCGCAGCUGAGCCAGAUGGACCGCGUGUUCUUCAUCUGGCAGACGAAGCAGAAGCUCGUGAGCGCCGUCAAGCAGCUGCAGAGGGAGUCGACGGCCAUCAACAAGGGGCGCGUGAGCAUCAUGAAGUCGGCGCAGAUCGCGACGCGGCGCGUCAACAAGGUGGAGAACAAGCUCGGCAACCUGCGCGGCAAACAAACGCUGCUGCUGAACCUGAACGACAUUGUGGGGCUCACGCGCAACGUGAGUGGGUUUGGGCGCGCGACGGGGCGCAUGGGCGCAGCGACGGCAUCAAUGCGGCCGAUGGCGGGGCUCAUGUUCUCCAACCCGCUCGCCAUGCGCUUCUCCUACUCCGCCAUCGGCGCCGUCACGCAAGUGGAAGCCUCGCAGGUGGGCAAGAUGCAGGUGACGUACGGCAACGGGCGGGGCGUGGUGGAGAACAUGUGGGUGGCGGGGCUGUGGGGCAACCAGGCGCUGUCAGACUCGUACAGCAUGGCGCUCAUCUACUCGUGCUUCGUGCCGCCCGCUAACAUUGGCUCGGGGAGAACAAGCGCGAUCUCCUUCCGCCUUCUGUCCCGCUCCCCAUCCGUCUCUCAAGCGGAUGUUGACUCGGCGCUGCAACUGCUGGAGCAGCAAGGGGUCCCAAUGGGUGGACCCAACCCUUAUGUGCCAACCUUCCAACUGGGCUUGCCAAUCAAGAGGGCGAUUUGCGCCCACCAUGUUGCAAAUCCGCACCUGCGCCAUGUUGAUCUUUCUCGCUGGUGCUUCACUCGCUUCGGGAUUCGCCCCGACCGCAUCACUAUUGGGCGCGUGCUCAAGGGUGCCGACCGUUGGGUGCGACCUGAUGGGGCCGCCGACGUCAUCCGUGUGCGCGGAGGCGCACACUCCGAGCUCGAGUGCGCAAUGGCUCGAUGGAUCGCCAAUGCGGGCCCGGCUGGCGUGCCUCUCACUCUCGCAACAAUCUGCGACCAUGUGGCGACAAUGGCGCGGAACAGUGGGAUUCCGCCCACAUUUCGCUGCUCCAUAGGCUGGGCCCGUCGUGCUCUGCGCCGCCAGGGUGUCCGUUGCAUGAGCGCCGUUGGCAAGGCGGCCGACCAGGACACGACGUCCAUCCGAACGACCAAGGAGAAACUCCCGCAGCUGUUGAUGCAUCUUUCCGUCACUCCGAGCGACACCUUCAACUUCGACGAGACCGCUUUGUUCCUCUCGAUCCUGCCGCGUAAGACGGUCUCAUCUCAAUGGCGAAGGCGCGGUACCGUGCGCACUGGCUCCGCGCCUUUACCGGCAUGUGGUGUGCCGACAGCGCAACUACCGCGGCUGCGCCGCUGGUGGUGGCGCACCGGAUGUCUUCCCCACGUGUGGGCCAUGUCUCUCCCACACGUGGGGGUCGGGAACGGCAACAACGGCGGCGCAGGCGGCGGCGGUGCGAAUGUGGCCGACAUCGGCCUCGAUGCAGAGGUUGACGGCGUCGGCCUCCUCAUUGACCAUUUGCGUCUCGGGCCGAGCGCGAUGGCCGCCGCCGAUUUCGUGAACGUCGACGCCAACCAGCCCACCUGCGCCGAAACGGGGGAGGACCCGCUUGCAAGGGAGCCCGCGUCGGCGGCGACACCCGCAAUGUGGGAGGCGCAUGCUAAGAUGCAGGCUGUCUACGACGACAGCAACCCUGCGUCGCGCGAAGCGCACCGCACCGCUCGCGCAGCGUGCGAGAUGCUGAUUGGUUAUUCGCGGGCGACGUGCAUUUCCCCGCGCGACCUUUGCGCCUUGUUCGACAUCUGCAACCCCAUCAUCGUGGCGCGGAUGGAACGCGCGAGCCCGCCUCUCGAUCUCAACCACGCCCCACCCCCGGCUGUGACACACGCCGACACCCCGCCGCCUGAGACCCCUCGUCGCCGCGGUCGGGUGCUUCCUGCGUGGGCGCAUGUGCCCACCCCAGACUGGGUGGCGCAGUCGGCCCGCCGCCAGGAGCUGAUUGACGCCGGUGCACCCGCCGUGAUGAGCGGAUACCUGGCCGCUGCAGAGUGGAUGUGGCUGUGA